AUGUGCUUUACCAUUGCUCUCAUAUGUAUGACCUACCGUGGCCCCUAUAUGAACUACCAUGUCCCCUAUAUGACCUACCAUGGCCCCUAUAUGAACUACCAUGGCCCCUAUAUGAACUACCAUGGCCCCUAUAUGACCUACCAUGGCCCCUAUGGUUCCAACGCCACUUCCUUUGUAUCCGCAGUGCGUGAUCCUUGCCGGGGACGGAAGUGUCAGCACGGAGCCGUGUGCGUGGCCACUGACGACCGCCGCAGCGCCAGAUGUGAGUGUCCGGUGGAGUGCCGGGUCUACGGAGGGGGUCUGGGGUCGGUGGCCGUGUGUGGCUCCGACGGGGAGGACUACGAUAACGAGUGCCAGCUUCGGAGGCACGCCUGUAGGAGCCAGCGACACCUCGAGGUCAAGUACAUUGGCAAGUGCGACCCGUGCGAGGAGGUGUCGUGCACGGAACGACAGACGUGCCAGCUGGACCGCGAACGACGACCCAGCUGUCGCUGUAACGACGUCUGCGCCAAGGACUACGACCCCAUCUGCGCGUCGGACGGCAAGACCUAUUCGAACGAGUGUGUAAUGAAGGUGGAGGCAUGCAAGGCCAGGAAGUCCCUCUCAAUCAUCUACCGCGGCGCCUGCGAUGUGGGAUUGAACCCGUGCGACGGGUUGUCGUGCCUGCCGGGGGAGGAGUGCAAGAUUGACGUGUUCGGCAUCGCCCGCUGCGAGUGUCCUCCGGCCUGUGAGCCCGUCGUACGACCCGUCUGCGGCUCCGACCGCUCGACGUACGACAAUUUGUGUGAGCUUCAGCGCUCCGUCUGCGUGAAGCAGACCGAUAUUGUCGUCAGCUACGUCGGCGUCUGCGGAGAGGAGGGCCCCUGCGCCGGACACGUGUGUGGGCACCGGGGCGUGUGUGUGGAGCGGCAGGGGCGCCCCGUGUGCGAAUGCCCGCAGUGUCCGGCGCACCUCGACCCCGUCUGCGGCACUGACGGCAUCUCCUACGACAACGAGUGCCUCCUGCGGGCGGAGUCCUGUAGGAUCCACCGGGACAUCCCCGUCAGAUACAGAGGACGCUGCAUUAUCUCAGAGGAAAGCAUCGUUCUUACAGCGGGAUGUGAGAACAAGCAAUGUGACUUCUACGGUGUGUGUGAAGCUGAGGAGAGCGGGGCGGGGCGCUGCGUGUGUCCUGAAGGAUGUGUCAAGGUAGAGAGCAAGGUGUGUGGGACGGACGGCAUCACCUACCUCAACGAGUGUCUCCUGAAGGUCGCAGCUUGUCGCAAGCAGCAGUUUAUCAUCGUGGCUUCCAGAGGAGACUGUGAUCUGUGUCAGCAUGUGGUGUGCAAGUAUGGCGGGCGUUGCGAGGCUGGACGCUGCGUCUGCCCGAGAGACUGUCCCGCCACGCGGGAGCCCGUCUGCGCCUCCAACGGCCACACCUUCGUCAACGAAUGCGAGAUGCAGAAGGCCGCCUGUGGCCUGGAGGACGGCCUCAGGGUCACCUUCGUCGGGGAGUGUUCCGAGGCCCGCACUUCCGGCGUCAAGGACGACCCCAGCCUUGUGAGCCCUAGGGACUCCUCCCCGCCCCCUGUGGUAGUGAUGGUGGGCCCGCCCGGCCGUGCCUUCCCCCUUGGCGGCCAGCACGACGGCGACGUGUGCACGGGGAUGACGUGCGAGUACGGCUCGACGUGCACGGUGCUGGGGGACGGUCUACCUCGCUGCUCGUGUCGCCUCGACUGCUCCAAUGUCCCCCAGAGUCCCGUCUGCGGCUCCGAUCUCAAGAUGUAUUCCAGCGAAUGUCUUAUGAUUAGAGAAGGCUGUCAGCGGCAGGUGGAGCUGAGACUCAGGCCCCUUGAGCUCUGUGAAGACUUCGAGUUGACGCCCUGCAACGGGGACGAGCCCUUGGUGAACCCGGCCACGGGUCGAGACUUCUACUGCGGCAAAGGUCCUGACACGGAGACCUGCACUGCCGGGGCCUACUGCCACUGGACCCUCUCCUUCGCCAAGUGCUGCCCGCUACACAAAGAGGAGAACAAGACAGAGGUGGGUCCUUCGUGCCAAGAGUCCGCCCACGGCUGCUGCCCGGACCGUCGAACUCCCGCGCUAGCGCCCAACUACGCCGGCUGUCCUUCCAUCUGCCAGUGUCAUAAGCUGGGUGCCCACGACGAGACGUGUGACCCCGUGACCAAUCAGUGUCGGUGUAAGCCAGGAGUGGGCGGCACCAAGUGUGACCGCUGCGAGCCGGGCUUCUGGGGUCUGCCCAGGAUCCAACACGGCAGCCUGGGAUGUUUACCCUGCGGAUGUUCACUCUUCGGCUCUGUGAGGGAUGACUGUGAGCAGAUGACUGGGCAGUGUGUGUGCAAGCCUGGCAUCAGGGGCAAAAAGUGCAAUGGUUGCCCCGACGGCAUGGUGCUGAGCCCCAAGGGCUGUCGGCUUCAGAGCGAGACCAGCCCUCCGCCCCGUUCCUGUGCCGAACUCGAGUGUUACUUCGGAGCCCGCUGUCAGGAGCACAACAGACACGCGGAGUGUAAGUGUGAAGCCCAGUGCCCGGAAGACUCGUCAGCAGCUCCCCCUGUCUGCGGCUCCGAUGGGGAGACCUAUGCCAGCGAGUGUCACCUUCGACUCUUCGCCUGCCAUUACCAGAAGGACGUGGUGGUCGAUGCCCUGGGCCCAUGUCCUCCGCCAGGCAACCAGUCUGACGGCGUGACGGAAACACCUCUGCGUCGUUCUACUGCUCCCCUGUCAACGGAACCACAUCGUUCGGAGACGGCGAAGGCGACGCGUCACCUAUUGCAGCCAGAGUACGUGGUGGGAAGUGGGAGUGGGUCAAGCACCCACAGUCUCUCCAACAGCAUCUUCAGUGUGCCACCCACGCCUGUCACCAUAGCGGCCUUUGGGCUUUUGGGCUCCAUCUGUUACAGGGACAAGGACUGCUCUGUGCCUUACUCCCGCUGCAAGACGUCGAUCUGUACCUGCCGCGUUGGAUACACGCAGAGCGCCGACCGUCAGACAUGUGUAGUUAACACCCCAGGGAGGGAAGAGGUGGUGGGGGCAUGUAGCCGUCAGCCAUGCCAGAGAGGUGGCUCAUGUCGAGAGCUGCCUGAUGGGAGCUAUUCCUGCCACUGCACAUCCAGAGCUACAGGAGCCCACUGCGAGAAUGAGUUACCACCACCCUAUCAGAUUCCUUCCUUCAGUGGGUCCUCUUACUUAGAGGUGAAGAAGAUAAAGGCUUACAACAAAGUCCAGGUUGAACUGGAGUUUCGAACAUUUACGGACAGUGGAAUCCUACUGUACAGUCAACAACAGAAAGAUGGCUCAGGAGAUUUCCUCUCUUUGGCCCUUGUUGGUGGCUUCGUCGAGUUUCGCUACAAUCUGGGGUCUGGACCUGCAUUAAUUCGCAGCCAUGAACGAGUUCAGAUGAAGCGCUUCCAUAAAGUGGUGGCCAAAAGGUACCAACGAGAUGGUAUCCUGCAGCUAGAUAACUCAGAGGACGCCAUCGGCAAGGCUCCAGGGAACCUCAAAAGCCUAGAUCUUCGAGGCUCGACUUUUAUUGGCUAUGUACCUACCAACGAGAGACGGGUAUGGGAGAAUGCGGGUACGACAGAGGGGCUAGUGGGAUGCCUGCGAUCGGUGAGAAUCAAUGGCCGGCCACUGGACUUGGUAUGGCCCGGCUCUCCGCAUGUGGUGAGGGCAGAACAUGUGGGCGAGUGUUCUGCCUCCCCUUGUGCCUCUCUCCCGUGCCUUAACCAGGGCUCCUGCAGGCCUACUGAUGAUGGCCACUUUAAAUGUCUUUGCAUCCAGGGAUACACUGGAGAGAGGUGUGAGGUGCGUUUGGACCCAUGCGAGAGUCAACCAUGCCAAGCUGGUGCCACCUGUGUUACCCUCCCAUCAGAGGGCUUCCUCUGCAAGUGCCCUCCAGGCAGGACUGGCACCCUCUGUGACCAGAUGGACCGUACUCUUCGGGAGUCGGUUAUUCCAGACUUCGAUGGUGAUGCUUAUCUGGAACUUCCAACACUUGAGAAUGUCGGCAACUCUUUAGCCUUGGAGAUCUGGUUUCUCACCAGAUCUCCGGAUGGAGUGUUACUGUAUAAUGGACAGAUGGGUGGAGGAGGAGACUUCAUUGCCUUGAAUCUUCGCAAUGGACACGUUGAAUUCUCAUAUAACCUUGGCUCUGGUCUUGCAACACUAGUGAGCCCGAAUCGUGUGCCCCUCAAUACAUGGCAUGUGGUUCGUGUGCGACGAAAGAAGAGGCGUGGCGUUCUGCGACUUAAUCAGGGUCGUAGAGUCAUGGGCAAGAGUGGGCCGAGACUAAAAGAACUCAAUCUCAACCAGCCACUCUACCUUGGAGGCCUUGAAAAUUAUACGAUGGCACAUCCAGAUUCUGGUGUCACCAUGGGUUUCAAUGGAGCCAUUCAGCGUGUCCUUGUUAACUCAGAAGUCUUUGAUAACUUGGAUGAGCGAGCCACAGGUGGUCGAGGUGUCCGCAGGUAUAGAGGUCCUCCAUGUCAGCUCAACCCAUGUGAGAAUGGUGGAGUUUGUCAGCCCUUCCGCAACAGAUUUCUCUGUAAAUGCCCUGCUGCUUAUGGUGGAAAGUUCUGUGAAAAGCGUGUUAACGAGGAGCAGAUGAUGAAGCCUAUCAAGUUCGAUGGCAGCACAUUCCUCAAGUUCCCCAACAUGGUGUACAGAAUCAACCUCACCCAUUACAACCUCACUGCCGAAGACUAUGAUGUCUACGAUUUUCCGGAGCCCUGGACAGAUGUUGACCUCAGUUACCCAACUGAAUAUGAUCUUGAAGAUGACAUAGCGUUUUUAGAAGAGGAAGACUACGAAGAUGAAGAGAAGGCAGAAGAAAUGGAGUUGUUGGAAAAAAAGAAGGAAGAAGAAAUGGUCUCCUUGGGUGAGGAAGUUGAGGAACUUGAAGAGGGUUCUGGCCUGUUCUCCCUGUAUGAUGACGAAGAAGCUUUGUUGGAGGAGCAGGAAUACUAUAGUGCCUUGGCGACAAUGCAAAAGGAUGCCAGCAAGCAUGAAAACAACCUUAUACAAGACAAUAGAACAGACCAAGAAACAGAGGGGGAGGAUCUGGGAGGUAAACGUGGGCAAACUACCAACCACUUUGAGAUCAGGUUCCGUGCAACAGCCCCAAAUGGAGUCCUUGUGUGGCUGAACAAAGGCACCAGCGUCUCCAAGGACUACCUCUCCCUCGCAAUUAAUGGUGGCUUUGUUGAGCUCUCCUUCAACUUGGGCACACAGCAGUCUAUGCUCAUCAUUAAAUCCAAGAUUAGAGUGGAUGAUGGUCAGUGGCACACACUAGUAGUCCAUAGACGGAAGCGUCUUGGAGUUCUCAGAGUGGAUAAUGAACGGCCAGUCAAAGGCAUAGCUGAACGGGGGGCCACCACUCUUAACACAAAUGGCAAACUCUGGAUUGGUGGAUCCUCUAAAAUGCCGGAUGGCUUGCCUCAUGCCUACUAUCAAGGCUUCCAUGGUUGCAUUGAUUCUGUCCAAGUGGAAAACCGUGACCUCAAUCUCGUAACUCAUGGAGACGCACCACUCAUCAGAUUCUGUGAUGAGAUGCGGUGAGUGAACAGGAAGAGUAAAAGAAACGUUAAAGUUGUGUGACCGAGAGAAAUUUGUUUGUAAAAUGUUCAUUAAAUACUUCUAGGUGCAUAAGCAAGCAGUAUAGUGUCAUUACCAUCAGUUAACAGAUAUACUGCUGUAUAAGAGAAGGUACGACAACCUGGAAGAUGCCAAGGCAUUAAACAUUAGUGUUCACAGUGACUUCACAAAAUAUAUUGUGGUUCAAACUUAUGCACUGCAAAGCACAAGAAACUGUAAUACUUAAGAGAAAAGUACUGAACCAAAAAAUAAUUGUGCCAUGGUGCAGUCUUAAAUUAUAACAAGUCAAAGGUUGUGUUCUUGGUGUGGUUUUUGAUACUGUGUCGCAAACCUCAUGUUAUAGACGGUCUUCAUUGUUGCACAGAAGCCACACGACAAGGAUUGUUAUAAAUGCAAAAAUAGUGUACUUUAUUUUUUUCAAGAAAUUGCCUUUGAAUCUGGGAUUCAGUUCCAGGAAGGUGCAAAGGGAACACCACAACUGUUGUGUGUUCUCAGUGUGUGUAUAUAUACAGAACAUUAAAAUUACUUUGAAUGAAUGAGUGCAAGUGGUUGUGUGACAAGGCCAGGUCAUUUGGAAAGGCAAGGAAAGGGCUGAAUUUCUGGUUUGUAAACAUUGUCCAAUAACUGUUGACUACUUGUACCUCUGCAGUAUUUAGAAAAUUCUUGAAUAAAUUUGCACUUGCAGAAAGCUUUAGCAUUCGAAUUUCAGAGUAUUCAAGGGGGGGGGGGAUCUUAUGUUGUAUAUGAAAAAAGAAUUGACCAACUGUGAGUGAAAUACUGUGUGUAAUCUAUACAUUGUAUAUUAUUAUUCUUUGUUAAUUAUGUUAGACAUAUUCAACUAUUUUUUAAUAUCCUAAAGCUGUACAGAAUCACGCGAGGUCAACAUAAGGAAGUCACGUGGGGUCUGCCCUGCAGUUCUUGCACUGGCAGUUUAUGAUAAUCCAUCCAUACUUCUUGUUUAAGUUAAGUGUAAGAUUAUGUACAGCACUUACAUUCAUGGAUGAUGUGGGAGCACUUGUAAAAGUUUAUGGUUUUAAAAUACUUUUACUUGUAAUUGUCUUAUACAAUUGAGUAUACAGGUAAGGCAGUUAUCAGAACGCACUAAGCCAUUACGACUAUAUAGCACUUUGGAAGGAAUGAGAGGAUAAGAAUUUAGGAUAUGGUGGAGGAAAGGAAUGGCGUUCAACCACUUGGACAGUCUGGGAAUGAACACCGACCUGCAAGGAGAGAGACUGUCACUACCGUCCAGUCCAGGCAGUUGAACACCAUUUCUCUCCUCCGUCCAAUCCUAAAUCCUUUUCCUCUUAUUCCUUCCAAGUGCUAUAUGGUGCAUAUAUAUAUAUAGCACUAUAUGCUUAGUGCUUUCUUCUGAUAUUUGUAAUACAGACAAAUAAUAUUUGUAAUUUAUUAAUAAAUAAUAAAAUAUUUGUGAUAUGUAAUACAGACCUUACCUGUAUACAAUUUUAAUUGCACUAUUUCAAAAUAUUUACAUAAUAAUCAAAGAUUUUUUGAGCAUUAAUAACUAAUGAUCAAGCCAUACUUAGUUUUCUGCCAUUUAUUAUUUCUAGCUUCAGCUUCCUCCCAUGAAUGUUAUUAAUCAGGGACCUGCAUCGAGGUUGAAAAUUGCCACUGUUAGCUGCCUGUCCUCCCCAUUGGCAGAGCAAGGGGAGUGUUCAGCAAUGGUGAGAACCCAGAUGUAAUUUGUCAUAUUUUUUGUGAAGUUUUAAAAAGAGCCCACUUGUCUUCCAGAAGAAUGUGUAAUAUGUACAUAAUGUAAGAUAAUAGAGAAACUAAUUUUUACAAGACGUGCCAACAGUAGGUUUGUGCAAACUCACAAGGUUAGUAUUAAACGUAUAAUGUCAUAUGUAGUUCAUACUGUAAGUUUUAAAAAACACAAUUCAUUCCAUAAUUCAGGCAUUUCAAAACAUUCCACAGUCUUGAAUUUGCCUCAAGAUGUACAUGAAGCACUUGAUUAAAAAUUGAGAAGUUGGUCAUUUAAAGAAUUUAGAGCCAGUAAUUCCCUAGCAUGAUCUGUUCUGAGAUGUUGAUUGGUUUGCCGGACGAUUGGUUGAUUGCUUUUUGCUUUUGCAAAAAGCAGAGAAAUUGUCGAUCAAAACAAAGAUUGAUUAAAUCUGACCUUAGCCAGGAUAAGGGUUUUAUGUGUUAAGUAAAUGAAGUCGUUGCUGGAAUCGAGCGUUAUCAGAACAUCGCGAGUCAUACUUAAGACUUGUUACGUUGUUAACAAACUUAAGAUAAUUUUUAUUCAGUAUACUUUUAACAGUUGCUAUUUUUCAACAGCCAUAAAAUGUAAUGUUCCUACAGAUACUUUUAAAUAAUUUGUAAAGCUCUGAAAUGUUUCGAAGACCUUUUAUGUAGAUAAUUCACAGUGUGUUUGCACAUAUUUGUAGAAAAUACAAAAUACAAAGA